AUGGACAAUCAAACCACUACCGUCUCUCUCCUUUUUUCCACUAUGAUUCAUAUGAUAAUCAUUCAACUUAAUCCUAACAACUAUUUACUAUGGAAGAAUCAUAUUUAUUUGAUUCCCAAAGGUCAAAAUCUCUUUGGUUAUCUUGAUGGCUCCAUCAAACCUCCCUCUACUCUGGUAACAAACGAUCAAGGCGAGAUGGUUUCGAAUCCAAAAUACUUGGAAUUGUAUCAACAAGAUCAAAUAAUUCUCAGCCUUCUAAAUUAUUCUCUCACAGAAGAAGCAAUGGCAGAAGUCCUUGAAUGCCAGAUAACAAAGGAAACGUGGCUAGCAUAUGAAUAUGCAUAUGGUGACGAUUCUCCCUCUCGUGAAUUGGCAACUCGAGACCUAUUGGAAAAACUAAGCAAGGGUCAAAAUUUAGUGUGUGAAUACGGUAAGCAAUUUUGA